AUGUCGGCCAAAAGAGGUCGUGGUGGUGUCGGAGGUGGUAAAUUCCGUAUUUCACUCGGUUUACCAGUCGGAGCUGUGAUCAACUGCGCCGAUAACACAGGUGCGAAAAACUUAUUCGUCAUUUCCGUCAAAGGCUUCGGUGCUCGACUCAAUCGAUUACCAGCUGCUUGCGUUGGUGACAUGAUCAUCUCAACGAUAAAGAAAGGCAAGCCUGAUCUUCGUAAAAAAGUUAUGCCCGCAGUCGUCAUCCGACAACGUAAACCAUUUCGCCGAAAAGAUGGCACGUUCAUCUAUUUUGAAGAUAACGCUGGUGUUAUUGUCAAUAACAAAGGUGAAAUGAAAGGUUCAGCAAUUACUGGACCUGUGGCUAAAGAAUGUGCUGAUUUAUGGCCACGUAUUGCCGCCAAUGCACAAUCGGUGGCUUAA